AUAUAUAUUUAUAACCCAAACUGCCAAGGCCACAUAUUUCCCCAAACAGCGAUUUUUGGGAACAGAACAAGACAUGGAAGUGGUGGUGGCAGUGCCUCCUUCUACCAUGGAUUUCAACUUCGACAGUAACUGUUCCUCUCCAUACAUCACCGCUCCUUCAAGUCCUCAACGCUUUGGCAACUUCUUUUUCAGCGCUCCAACAAGCCCCAUUCGCACCUCUAAUAAUUCCUCUCUCUUCAACUUCAAUCCUCGCCACUCCUCUGCUUCUACUUCCACCGUUCCUCAACCCAGCAACGAUUCUCAUGAAGAUGAUUUCGAAUUCGACUUCAGUGGCCACCUCCAAAGACCCUCUCUUUCCGCUGAUGAACUCUUCCAUGGUGGAAAAAUUCGACCUUUGAAGCCCCCUUCACUUGUUUCAACUCCAAACAAAGCUCCACCACCACCAUCACCACCACCCCAACAACAACACAACCCACAAAGAGGAAGAGCUUCUUCCUUUUCGAUUCCCUCUGGUCGCAAAGGAGGUAGAAACAGUAACAGUAGUGUGUGUGAGUCCGAUGAUUUUUUUUCUCAAAGGAGCAACACCAACACCAGACCCUCUGAAACUGCUUCAACUACUCAUUCUUCCCUUUUGUCGUCCAUUUCGUUUACAAAAGGGUAUAGAAAAUGGAGGAUAAAGGAUUUUCUACUGUUUCGAAGUGCCUCAGAGGGAAGAGCCACGGACAGAGAUCCUCUAAGGAAGUAUGCGGUUCUGUCCAAAACGACAGCGCACGAGGAUGUCAGGAACGUGAGUUUCCGGUCCACCGAGAGUGCCGGUUCAAUUUCAAGAAGGAGAGGACCGGUUUCGGCUCACGAAUUGCAUUACACCGUGAACCGGGCUGCUUCUGAGGAGUUAAAGAAGAAGACCUUUUUGCCUUAUAAACAGGGCUUGUUGGGGUGCUUGGGGUUCAAUGCUGGCAUGCAUCAUAUCAGUAGAAGAAUUGGGUCUAUGGAGCGUUCAUAAUCCAGAUAACUCGUCUGAAUGUUUCGCACACUGGUUACGGUGAGAAGAAAACACCACUUGUGAUUCUUUUUAGUCCAAAAUUUAGACUAGGGGAUUUUUGGUGAAUUUUAUUGUGUUAUAAAUGAAGUUUGAACAUACAAAAUCUGGAUAUCGAAGCUGCAAUUGCUGUUGCGACUGCAAUAUUAAACCUUGAUCUGAUCUUCAACUUUGUAUAUGUUCUCUUUUUGUUGCUAUUGAAUUAGAAAGGGAUUUCAUUGAUGAUGUCUGCACUCUCCAUAUCAUCCACAAAGAGAGUGAAAAAUGAAUGAUAAGACAUUCGAUAGAUUUGGUCCAUUGUGUUUGGUGGUUUGUUAUUUCAUGAUACAUUCGGGGCUGAAUCCUGUGUUUGUCAAACUACAACAAGUUGUAAUGGCUUUGCACGUUGCAGAAUAAUUUGCUUUUAUUUAUUACUCUGCGCGUGUAUUUAUGACCUUGCUUUGGUGGGAAAGACGGGUACUUGUCAAACUCUGUACCCAAUUUAUUAAAGUCUUGCGGAAUUUUCAAUUUAAAGUCACGAAAAUGUUAUUCUACGUCGAUUAAAAAAUUAUAAACUUU